AUGCCACGUAAGCUACGUAAGAAUAUACGUAAGAGGAAGGGAGCAUUGAAACAUCCAAUAGUAAAACUGACACCACAACAACAGUUGCAACAACAAAUGAUGAAUGACCCCACUAUGUUGCAACAAAUGUCAAGCAACCCUAUGCUUUUAAACCGAGUUAUUGGUGCACAGAGUGGAGGUUUAAGAGCGGCACUUUUAGCGAAAAUGGCAGGCUAUGGUGGAGCUGCAGACGGAACAGCUUAUAACCCUCAAAGUCAAAUGAAUUUGAGUUCACUCAAAAAUCAAAUAACAGAUGUCAAAAAGUCAAACAUAGACAUACAGAAACAAAUAAGUGAAAACGAAAAGAAACUAGAAUAUGACAGACACACAAAGAAACUCAAUGAGUUAAACGUAGAGAAAAAGAAGAAAGAAGAACAACUGAAAGAACUAAGUACAGAGGAAUAUGCGAAAAAAGUGUCAGAAAAAGCAGCAGAAGUAGCAAAAAUGGAACAAGAUGUUAUAAAUUUGAAAAACCAUACUACUCAAUAUAAAGUACUGAAAGAUGAAGAGAUAAAACAAAAAGCCAUGAAGACAUAUAUGGAUAGCGAUGAGUAUAAAAAAGAA